UUUGUCGAUAAAUAGCAUAUUAUACACGGUUGCAGUAGGGUUCAAUGCUGCAGCCAGUGUUCGAGUGAGCAAUGAGCUCGGAGCAGGAAACCCUAAGUCGGCAGCUUUUUCUAUUUUUGUGGUGAAUUUUGUUUCAUUUAUCCUUGCCUUGGCAGUUGCUGCAAUGGUAUUAUGGCAACGUCAUAGAAUUAGUUACAUAUUUACUAGUGGUGACACUGUGGCUAAUGCAGUAUCAGAACUUUGUCCAUUCUUAUCGGUUACUCUCAUUCUCAACGGUAUUCAACCCAUCUUGUCUGGGGUGGCCGUUGGCUGUGGAUGGCAAGCAUUUGUUGCCUACAUAAAUGUUGGGUGUUAUUACGUCGUCGGAGUUCCACUUGGUUGUCUUUUGGGAUUCAAAUUCGACUUCGGUAUUAAGGGAAUAUGGUCAGGAAUUAUCGGAGGAGCAAUGAUGCAAAUCAUCAUAUUGCUUUGGGUGAUUUGUCGAACUGAUUGGAAUACAGAGGUGGAGAAAGCAAGGAAACGUUUGGACAAGUGGGAAGAAAUAAAAGACUAA